CGAGAAGAGUAAUGACGUCGCAUCACCCGUCAAGUCUCGUAGUGCGUCGUCAGAGGCCAAACAACCAUGCACUGUCGGGGCGAAGAACUCCGGGAGGGCUGCUUCAAAGCGCGGGCAACACCACGCCAGUGGUCGUGGUGGAAGCCAAACCACUGGCAAGGAUGGCGCAACGCACGCCGCAAAGGGAGACAAGCACAAGCACCGUGAUCACGGAAAGUCCUCAGCGAGGAAGUUGGCCAAGAAGGACACAGCCAGCUCGAAGAAACAGGAUUCUAAUCCAGCCGCCACUCACAAAAACAAGACUUCUGCCGCUGACCGUGCAAGAACGCCAGCAUCGAAAGCCGCCAGCGGAGAGAGUACUAACCUUACGACUCAAGAUUCGCGCCUGGGCGUAGCAGAGGUGAGCCGGCAUCAGAAAAAUCAAAUAGAGAAGAACACGAACGUGAAGAAGUCUUCGUCUAAGUCCCCAAAAACAGGCGAGGAAAACAAACCUGCGCAUGAGCCAGAUACGGAGCACACUUCGCAGGUGAUGUCAGCCAAGCAGAGCAAAGCAGUGAACCUGAGUGGUGCAACCAUGGCCCUCAUCAAGAUGCGUCGACGUCCUAGGACUGUGCAUUCUGGAACCAGGACACCGCAUAAAGAUAAAACUAGAGACGGGACCCAAGCCGACACUCAUCAGAAUAAUGACGGCGAAGACGAUCCUGAGGAGCAACUGCCCUUCCUCCUGGUGGCCGGCGCUGUCGUAGUUGCACUGGGCAUUCUCUUCAUGGGUAUCUGGACCUUCAACUACGUGAUAGCCAAGGCAUUGCAAGCGCUCAACGGAACCGACGAGAUGAGGAUUCGUCACUUUCUCAAGGACGUGAUGAGGACUUGCAUGUCUAAAGAGUGUCGCAAGGCCGCCGCCGCACUCACCGACUCCGUCCCUACUCUGAGCGCUAACCCUUGCUCCGAUUUUUAUAACUUCUCUUGCGGACUCUGGAACGUAUCGCAGCAGGGUAUCAUCCACGGAGGUAACCACUCGGGCACUUAUCGUCAGUGGCUUGAAGAGCGCUACAUCACCGGUGUGCACUCCUGGAUGCUCCGUCUGCUCACAGACAAUGAGACAGGCGAGGCCAAGAGAGAUUUGACGACCGCCAGACCGGUCGCCCGUGCGUACCAAUCUUGUGUUACUUUCUUUACUAACGUGACUACCAGUGGCCACUUAAUUUCGAUGUGGAAGGCUGCUGCCGUGGACACAGCUGCGUGGAUGUCGGCGGCCAACUUCUCGCAGCUCUUCACCCUGGUGGUUCACAGCACUCUGGAGAGUCACCUUCCGUCUGUUCUGAGUGUUGAUUGCGAUAAACGUGGAACAGUGGACGUAUAUACCACCAGCCCGAUUGAAAUGAAUAGCAACAACUUUGACCUGAUAAGCGCGUUGAUAGACGAGGCCUCCUCUGCACUGGACUUCCGCUACGCUUGGGCGCUAACCGCCAAUGUGAAGCGCUUGGACGACGAUGUACGUGCACAGUCGGCACAAGCCAAAACGAAGUCUUUGCGUACCGUGGAGGAACGUGCAUUGGACCUGGACGAAGCCGGUGUCAGGUGGUGGCCCGUCCUCAAUGCGUACGCCGACUCCUCAUUGAGCCAGGCACCUCGUACUCUUCGCACGAACGACAUUGAAGCGGUUCGUGGCAUUCUUGACGUCCUGGCAAGGAGCAAGUUGCAGACCACAUGUGUGUACUUGCUUGUCAUGCCUUUUGUCCCCUUCAUUGCAUAUGCCUGGAAGACAGCACGAGAACCGCCAAUGCAAGUCGAUAAAGUGCAAAGAAGGUGCGUGGAGGUCUUGCACUUGCAAUUUAAUCGUGCACUGCCGACGGUCAUGGCUGAUGAUGAGGACACCGAGGACAAGCUGGCGGACACCGUCACUGGCAUAUGGAAGCAUGUUCGAGGAGCAGCGCUGGAAUCGUGGAAUUUUAGCAAAGGGCUUGAGCUGAACAAGACAGUACUGCGCAAACAUACGAGUGCCGCCAAAAUACACACUGACCUAGAACCUGUGGACACAGACGAUGAUCCUGCGCUGCAAGAAACUUACAGCGAUGACUUUCUCGGCAACGUCGUACUGAGCACGAGACUCACGGAGCAUCGCAUCAAUAUAAGCCAAGAACUCGGACGUUUGCCACUUAUUCGGGGACGAUUUCAAGCCGUUACCUUGCAGCCAGACUUUCUCUACCCAUUGGCUCCGGAGCCCAGUGUAAACUACGGAACUAUGGGCGUCUUGAUUGCGAAGCUGAUGUUUGACUCCGCUUUGCAGCCCGCUUCUCCACACGACGGGCAUCGAGAGGCCGAAGAAGCUUUCGGAACGUGUCUCGCGUCGUAUGCGAAGGAGGCGCUGAAUGUUACAUUCGAGCCGACCGAGUGGAAGGUGCACGCAAGAACAAAGUGGGCCAUGGAGGCGGCGCUUCUCGCCACGAGGCGCAACCAUGAUUUCGUGACAAAGCCUGUCAUGGAGCGAUUUCUCUUUGUGCGUUUCGGACGCACCUUCUGCGGCGAAACGCACAUUUCGCCGCUGCAGUUUGCGACCAAGUCGUCGACACUCUUUGCCACAGUCUUCUCUUGUAAGCGCGCACCUGAGGUCCCGUGCUAACAUUGACUGCCCGCAGGGGGUGGAAAUGUGAGAAUGCUUUCGUUAACUAUUGUAAGAUCUAAUGAAACAAGUGCGUAAGUACUCUGAAUAACUCUCGAAAUCAUACAGUUUUGAUAGUGUAGCAAUCACGGAUUCUAGCACCAUUUGCGCAUUUGGAUACAAAGCAUUGACUUUAGUUGGUGUCAAAAUAAAGGUUAGCGGAUUUGCAGAUCUUGUA